GUCAUGGUUCAAUCACUGUUGCCGAGUAAUGACCACCUCUCGACGCAGCCAUUCAUUAACAACUGCUACUCGGAGAUGUGCAUGUCGAGUGGUGCAGUCGCACCCAUGUCACCCGAGAAAAAGUUGGGAUGGAUUGUGACAGCGGUCUUCAUCGUGGCGGAUAUGGUCGGCGGUGGAGUCGUGGCCAUGCCGGUCGCCUUCAAACAAUCGGGUCUCAUUGGCGGAGUUAUUUUUAUGGUUGUCAUUGCGACAAUUUUUGAAUACACAGGAUAUCAAUUAGGCAAAGUAUGGUGUAAAAUGAUGCAACGGUAUCCUCAUUUGGGUGUCUGUCGAAAGCCUUUUCCAGAAAUGGCAAAGCGCACAAUGGGACCAGGAAUGCAGUGA